AUGGGUCGGCUCUAACUUCAUCAUGAAGUCCGUGUUCUUCAGCCGGUUCUUCAUCCUGCUGCCCUGGGUGCUCAUCGUCAUCAUCAUGAUUGACAUCGACAGCAAAAGAACCGUCCGAGCUCCGGCAGCCUGGACCGGCCGGGCUCCGCGGACCCCCCGGACCAGUUCCUCAGGGGGGUCAGCCCAACAGAACCAGUCGGCGCUGCCUGUGAUCUACGCCAUCACUCCGACCUACACCCGGCCGGUGCAGAAGGCCGAGCUGACCCGGCUGGCCCACGCGUUCCGCCAGGUGUCCCGGCUCCACUGGAUCAUCGUGGAGGACUCUGUGGCGCGCACGGAGCUGGUUGCGCGCUUUCUGGCGAGCUGCGGGGUUCCGUACUCGCACCUGCACGUGCUCACCCCCCGCAGGUUCAAACGGAGCGGGAUGCCGCGCGCCACCGAGCAGCGGAACGCGGCUCUCGCGUGGCUCCGACAGCACCGCAGCACGCGGGACUCAGGUGUGGUGUUCUUCGCUGAUGACGACAACACGUACAGCCUGGAACUCUUCCAUGAGAUGCGCAGCACUCGCAGGGUUUCUGUUUGGCCUGUGGGAUUUGUGGGCGGCCGAGCAUAUGAGCGCCCCCUUGUGUCGGGGGGUAAAGUGGUAGGCUGGUACACCGGCUGGAGACCUGAUCGACCCUUCGCCACAGACAUGGCAGGCUUUGCUGUGAACCUCCAGGUGAUCCUGGCCAACCCGCGGGCACAGUUCAAGAGGCGAGGCUCCCAGCCAGGGAUGCAAGAGUCCGACUUCCUGAAACAGAUCACCAAGGUGUCCGAGCUAGAGCCCAAAGCUAACAACUGCACACGGGUUCUGGUUUGGCACACCCGCACAGAGAAACCACACCUGGCAAACGAGCCCAAACAUCGAAAGGACACGGUGUUCAUCGAGGUGUGAUUCUUUCCACGGAGUGACCGACCCGGAUUCUGUUCUUAUCGGGUCAACUGACAGUGGACUCGGACUCUUCAGGAGCUGCAUGAUUCAGGACUCCUGACACCAGGAUCAUCAAAUCCUUUCAUGAACAAACAUUUCUUCCAUCGUCAGCCUGCUGAUAUUAAAGCUGAAGUGUGAAAUGUCAUGCGGAAGUGGAAAAGUGCCAUCUGAUUCAUUCUGAACCAUCUUUUUUUAUCCUCAUCAAAGUUCAGCUGUGACAUCAUGGUAUAAAGAUAGCCUGUUUCAAAAAGCUGCCUUCUGUCUGACUGAUCAACCAUCCUGAUGUUAAAGCACACGUUGGAAAACAUCUUUAUUUUGUUUACAAACAAAAGACGAGUAGGCUAAUGUUAGCUUGUUGAGAUAAGUGAAGAAG